CAUCGAUCGUCGGCAGUCGCCAGUCUGCACCAAGAUGUCAGAAGAUACGGACACAGACGACGAAUUAUUGUUUCUGCUUCUAUUGCGGAAUAAAGUUCGCAAAAGAAAAAAAAUCUGGGUUCACGAAAUUAAUAAGAAACGAUUAAUUUUUGGAGAGUACCACAGGCUGUGUAGAGAACUGGAAACAUAUGAAGAUAGAUUUUUUCAAUAUUUUCACAUGUCUAAGGCAGCCUUUGAAGAGUUACACGAAACAUUGAGUGCAAAAAUACACAAACAGGAUACAAAUUGGAGGCCAGCAAUCUCUACAAAAGAAAAGCUUGCAGUUUGUUUAAGGUAUCUAACAACUGGAGAUUCGUUUCAAACCAUAGCGUUCUCUUUUCGACUCGGGAGCAGUACCGUUUCGAAUAUAGUCAAAGAAGUCUGUAAAGCCAUAUGGGAUACAAUGCAACCAAAAUACAUGCCCGCGCCAACGGAAGAAACUUGGAGGCAGUCGGAGAUCGGUUAUAGACAAAUUUGGAAUUUUCCCAAUGGUAUUGGGAGUGUUGACGGAAAGCAUGUUAAUGUAAAAUGCCCCAAAAACAGUGGUUCAAAUUACUACUGUUACAAAAAUAUAUUUUCAAUCGUACUACUAGCAAUAGUAGAUCCAUUUUAUAAAUUCAUUACAGUCGACAUAGGUAGCUAUGGCCGCCAUAGCGAUAGCGCAAUAUUUGAAAAUUCAACAUUUUAUCACGAAUAUAUUCAUGAUAACAUCAUACUCCCUCCAAAACCGCUGCCUGGAACGACGGACCCCGUACCUCACGUCCUGAUUGGAGAUGAAGGUUUUGGAUUGAAACCUUACUUGAUGAGACCUUUCCCUAGAGCCGCGAGUCUGCACGAUCCUCAAAAGACCAACUUUAAUUACAGACUAUGUCGCGCAAGGCGGGUUGUCGAGAAUGCAUUUGGAAUAUUGACUCAUAAAUGGCGGGUAUAUAGGAGGCCAAUGGAAUGUGCAGUUGAAACUGCAAUAGACGUGGUAAAAGCUACAACGUGCUUACAUAACUAUAUUAUUGACAAGCGAGGAAAUAAUGACAUCGAUCUUUUGGUUGCCGCAGAACCUAUUAUUGCGACAGGAAUAACACCGGUAAAUCCGACAAAUCGACGAUCCUCUAAUGAAGCUUUUCAAGUGAGAGAUAAAUUUGUACGGUAUUUUAAUAGCCAAUAAAAGAAAUAAGUGUA